AAAAAAAAAAAAAAACAACAAUAAUUUUAGCUAACAAAAAACAACUCCAACACCAACAAUAACAGCCAGAGAUUGCUGUUCUUUAAGCCCACCUUUUCUUUUCUUUUUUUGUUUUUGUUGGAUUCUUAUCUCUCUGACUCUCUCUCUCUCUCUCUCUCUCUGAAAGGAAGUAGCUGAACUUUCUUCUCUGUGACUUGUUGAUAGAGGAAGGUAUCUGGGUUAUCUAGAUCAUGCCCAGAUCUUACUUUUGAUUGAUCCAACUGAAUAGCAUGCACAUCUUGGCAAAAGCUUAAGAAAAGAGUGGGAGAGAAAAUAAAGAGAUUUCCCCAAGUUCGUUUGUAACAUUCUUAGAAUCAAAAAACAUUCUUAGAAUCAAGCAAAGAUUAACAAGCUUAUGGGUGGAUUAUCUCUUCAAUGGACAUGUGGACUGCUAGUUCUGGCUUGAAUUUGGUUUAAUGUAUUGUUUGACUGAAAUUUCUCUCUUCUCUGCAAUUGAUGCUGUGUUUUGCUUUGAAUGAUUUUCAAUUGUAUCGAAGUUCUUAAGUGCAGAAAGGAGCUUUUAUUUUGCCAAUUAAGUUAUGAUCAAACAGUUUCUUAAUAAGCUCCCACGUAAGUCCUCUAAGUCGUCUGAAAAUCGUGAAGGAGGGGGGACCUCUACAUCAUCUUCAAAUGUUCCUACCAGUUUAAGAGGUGGUGAUUUAGCAAGUAAUCGAUAUGGGAACACAGGCGCUAUUUCUUUUUCAGAUGCUACUUCAAAUCUAGUAUUAAAUCAGGGCAAUAAGCUUCAACAGGGUGUGAAUUCAAAGCUGAAUGGAAAUUCAGCAGUUUUUUCUUAUGAGGCUUUGCCUAGUUUUAAAGAUGUUCCCAAUACUGAGAAGCAGAACUUGUUUAUUAAAAAGUUGAACUUGUGUUGUGUUGUGUUUGACUUUUCUGACCCAACAAAGGACUUCAAAGAAAAGGAGAUCAAGCGACAGACAUUGGUUGAACUUGUGGAUCAUAUUGCUUCUGCUAAUGGGAAAUUCUCAGAAACUGUCAUGCAAGAGAUCAUAAAGAUGGUGUCAAAAAAUUUGUUUAGAACACUCACUUCUCCACCCCGUGAGAAUAAAGUCUUGGAAGGCUUUGAUUUGGAAGAGGAAGAGCCAUCAAUGGAUCCUGCAUGGCCUCACUUGCAAAUAGUGUAUGAAUUCCUUUUGAGGUUUGUCGCAUCACCUGAGACAGAUGCAAAGUUGGCUAAGAGGUAUGUUGAUCACUCAUUUGUUCUCAGGUUGUUAGAUCUUUUUGAUUCAGAGGACCCCAGAGAGAGGGAUUACUUGAAAACAGUUCUGCACCGCAUUUAUGGGAAAUUUAUGGUGCACCGACCUUUCAUCAGGAAAGCAAUCAACAACAUCUUCUAUCGUUUUAUUUUUGAAACUGAGAAGCAUAAUGGGAUUGCAGAGCUGUUAGAGAUUCUUGGUAGUAUAAUCAAUGGGUUUGCUCUGCCGCUGAAAGAAGAGCACAAGCUCUUUCUUGUUCGGGCACUUAUUCCACUUCAUAAACCAAAAUGCAUACCCAUGUACCACCAGCAGUUAUCUUACUGCAUUACACAAUUUGUGGAGAAGGACUGCAAGCUUGCUGACACUAUUAUAAGGGGUUUACUAAAAUAUUGGCCAAUUACAAAUAGUUCUAAGGAGGUUAUGUUCCUAGGUGAGCUGGAGGAAGUCUUAGAAGCAACUCAGCCUGCAGAAUUUCAGCGCUGUAUGGUACCCUUGUUUCGUCAAAUUGGGCGUUGCUUGAGCAGUUCACAUUUUCAGGUGGCAGAGAGGGCUUUAUUCUUAUGGAACAAUGAUCACAUUGAGAAUCUUAUCAAACAGAACCGCAGAGUUAUACUGCCAAUUAUCUUCCCUUCCUUGGAGAGAAAUGCAAGAAACCACUGGAACCAGGCAGUACAGAGCUUGACACUAAACGUUCGCAAGAUUUUCUCUGAUAUUGACUCUGAGCUUUUUGAAGAGUGCUUGCUCAAGUUUCAGGAAGACGAAGCACAAGAGAAAGAAAUUAAGUCGAAACGCGAAGCCACAUGGAAACGCUUAGAAGAGAUUGCUGCAAUGAAAGCUUCAAGUAAUGAACCAGUGCUUGUCUCUCCUAGAAAACCCAUUCGGGCACCAUCUGGCUAGAGAGAGAUUCCCAUGUGUGAUUACAGCGGUUUGAUAAUUGAAUUGGUGAUUGAGUCCCAAACUCAAGGAUACCACUGCAUGGGGUGCAGAGUAGCCCCAAUUUGGUUUAACUCACGUGGACUGUAUAUAUUUGAUUGGAUGGAUUAAGCAAAUGGGUGUUGCAAAGCCUGUUCAUAUUGAAGAUCUAGCCUGCAAAGUAGUUGCCUAUUUGCUGUUGAUGUUGUUGCAUGUGGGAAAGGAAAGAGCGGGAGAAAAAAGAGCUCGAAUUUGACAUAAAUGUGCUACAUGUGAAUUUGGUUUAAUGGAGUAGGCUCAAUCUUUUGAUUAUUUAUAUGUAUCAUCAUACUUUGUUGCUUUUAUGAGUGUUCGUUGCUUGGCAUAAAAUUUGUUUAAAAGAUGAAAAGUUUGUAGUUAGUAGAGCAUGAAAUGCUUUCCUCAUUGUUCAACUUAACUUCUCUUAAUGUUGUAUUCUUUAUGACCACAACCCA